AGCCAUGCUUUGCAGAGCCUUUGCGUUUGUGGAAGGCUCUGUUGAAAAGUUUCUAGAGGAUGGGUAGAUAACCUGUCCUUAAAGCAAAAGAACCUACUUCCCCCCUUAAGGCUGAAGCUCAGAAACUUCCAACUCCAAGUGGCUCUAAACUGCCCUGGGAGGGGUUACUGUAUAGCUUUGGAUUAAGGACACACAGGCCACCUCAGCCUCUAGCCGCCCAUCUGUCACUUAACUACAGAUUUAGCAAGCAGCUUAAGCAUUUAGUAGACAGAAAAUAACAGACUAAGGUCUGUACACUGGGGUUGAAGUGCUCGCUGCUUCCUGUACAGCAAGGAUACUGAUGAAGGAAAAGCCUCAGAAGGUCUUGGGCUGUCAGCUAAAGUUCUUUACAGUUCGUUAUGUUUGAAGUCAUAAAGUGCUUUUCUGUCACAGGGUUUUUGGGGUACUUCCCACGGGCUCUGUGGUACAAGCAUUUCCCGUCCUAGCUCUGAUGGGUUUUUCCAGUUUUGAAAUUUACCUAGAUCUGAGUUUACUUCCUGGACAGCAGAGCCACCUUCUGCUGGAGCCCCAUCCUUGUUCAGUGGCAUAUUCUGAGGAAGCAGUGAACCCCCAGUACCCAGGCUCAUCCCAGGUGAUGGUAAGGUCAGGUGACCUCAACUAACUUCAGAGCCCUGAGUGGAAUUUGCAUAAAUACUGAGAAUCUCAUAUGGCCCGCCUUUCUUCUAGUGUCAGAGCUCUGGCAAUGCACAGCUGGGCUGUGGCUAUGGCCUGGCUCCAGGAGGAGUGGUGAUGCCAUCCUGACAGCACACAUCCUGCUACUCCUGUCGACGACUGGUGUUUUUUAGGCUCCAGACAUACGGGCACAAGGAUGGCAAUGUCCUGUUGACUCUUCCUGUCCACUGCGCACCUAUACACUGCAGGAGACUUGGAGAAGGGUGGCCUGUAUUUACAAGAUCCUGUUGCACCUCAUCAUGCUGCAUGAAGGUGGCUUUCAUGACGUUGACGCUGUUUCCCAUCCGGCUCCUGUUCGCCGCUUUCAUGAUGCUGCUGGCCUGGCCCUUUGCACUCGUGGCCUCCCUGGGACCUCCUGAUAAGGAGCCAGAGCAGCCCCUGGCCUUAUGGAGGAAGGUCGUGGACUUCCUGCUCAAGGCAAUCAUGCGCACCAUGUGGUUUGCUGGCGGCUUCCACCGUAUAGCUGUGAAGGGGCAGCAGGCGCUGCCUACUGAGGCUGCCAUCCUCACCUUGGCUCCACAUUCCUCCUACUUUGAUGCCAUCCCAGUCACCAUGACCAUGUCCUCCAUUGUGAUGAAGGCGGAGAGCAGAGACAUCCCAAUCUGGGGAACUCUGAUAAGAUACAUCCGGCCAGUGUUCGUGUCCCGCUCUGACCAGGAUUCUCGAAGAAAGACAGUGGAGGAGAUCAGGCGACGGGCACAGUCGAAUGGAAAGUGGCCUCAGAUAAUGAUUUUUCCAGAAGGAACUUGUACAAACAGGACCUGCCUCAUUACCUUCAAACCUGGUGCAUUCAUUCCUGGAGUUCCUGUCCAACCCGUGGUGCUACGCUACCCAAACAAAUUGGACACCAUCACAUGGACAUGGCAAGGACCCGGAGCGUUGAAAAUCCUGUGGCUUACUCUGUGCCAGUUUCAAAACCAAGUGGAAAUUGAAUUUCUGCCUGUGUAUUGCCCUUCUGAGGAGGAGAAGAGGAAUCCUGCCCUGUAUGCCAGCAAUGUGAGGCGUGUCAUGGCCAAGGCCCUGGGUGUCUCGGUAACUGACUACACAUUUGAGGACUGCCAGCUAGCUCUGGCAGAAGGUCAACUUCGCUUGCCUGCUCACACCUGCCUGCUAGAGUUUGCCAGGCUCGUGAGGGGCCUCGGACUAAAACCAGAAAAUCUUGAAAAAGAUCUAGACAAAUAUUCAGAGAGUGCCAGGAUGAAGAGGGGAGAGAAGGUCGGGCUUCCAGAGUUUGCAGCCUACUUAGAAGUUCCUGUCUCAGAUGCGCUAGAGGACAUGUUCUUGCUUUUUGACGAGAGCGGUGGUGGUGAGAUAGACCUUCGUGAAUAUGUGAUCGCCUUGUCUGUGGUGUGCAGGCCAUCCCAGACCUUGGCCACUAUUCAGCUGGCAUUCAAGAUGUAUGGAUCUCCUGAGGACGGCAGCAUAGAUGAAGCCAACCUGUCCUGCAUCCUCAAGACUGCACUGGGUGUAUCAGAAUUAACAGUGACUGACUUGUUCCAGGCUAUUGACCAAGAAGAGAAGGGAAGGAUCACAUUUGAUGACUUCUGUGGGUUUGCGGAAAUGUACCCUGACUUUGCAGAGGACUACUUAUAUCCUGAUCAGACACAUUUUGACAGUUGUGCACAGACGCCCCCAGCACCAGCUCCCAAUGGCUUCUGCAUUGACUUCAGCCCUGAGAACUCAGACUUUGGGAGAAAGAAAUUUUGUAAGAAAGCGGACUAGAAUUGAAGAUUCCGGAGGGAUGAGGCCCCUCCCGCAUCACCACCUGCCUCCAGUGGCCUGGAGCCUGCUUGUGUGUCGCGCCUUCUACCUUUCCCUGUCUCCUCAUGCCGUCUCUGUAUGUCUGCAGACCUGAGGUCCAAAAGACUUGUGAUGUUAUUUGUUUUCUGUAAAGUCUGUCUCAGGGCCCAGCUGGGCAUUUGCAGGGAAGCUGUGUGUGUGACCCACCUGCCCAUUGCAGGCAGGCAGGCAGGUGGGUGCUCGGGGCCUCCCUGUGGGGCAGGACUCCACAGGUUGGGUGGGCACAGGUAUGACUGUGUGCUCACCUAGGAUAUGCUGGUCUUGAGUUUGUGUCGGUCUUUUCCCUCUUUUUCUGUCUGUGCGGUGUGCACAAUGCGGGACCUCUGUGCACGCUGCACAUACCUACCCUGAAACAGCAACCUUGUCCUAAUUUAGUGCCUCUGGCGUCUCUGGCUCACGUGAUGGGGCAUCAUCGGAUUCUAAGUGUUUCUGUGUUUGUGCAGGAGCUCGUAACUCUUUUAUAAACCUCACUUAGGUACUUUGAAAACAUUCAACAUUUUUUAAAAAAAGAAAGAAAGAAAAUUGGUUUUCUACUUCAUUUUUUUCACGUUACCGUAAGGAUAUUUAUUUCCAGACUUGCUUUUGAUAGACUCUGAGGUGUCCUGGUGGCCGCAGCUUAAAGGGCCUCUCUGCCCUCCUCCCAUUUAGGUCUGGGACAUUUAGCCACAAAGACUGGCCCCAGGAUCCUUUUCUGCUUUUCUUAAGCCUUCUUGACUCGCCAUCUUUUUUAUAAACAUUGCCAGUUUGGUGUUUCAGUUUCAAUAUGACAAAGUCUACUUCAUGUAACUAGUAAAAAAAGCAUUGAAUGUGGGGAAAGAGUCAGCCAGAGGGAAAGAACUGGAAAGCGCCCCCUUAUCUUCUGUGCUGAUUUUAAGCUCUCUGAGCAGACAUACUGAGGUGGCCAUAAGGUCAUGCCCAAAGCCCAUCACCCUCUCUUUACACCGGUUACCAUGGUGACUUAGGAAAAGCAGCCACUGAGUGUAGGUGGCUUUACUCUGUGAGGGUGACAGCUGCAGGGGACAGGCCACAGAGUUUGCUGUGCUUGGCCCUUCGUGAAGUCAGGAAGGAACAGGGUCCAGGCUGUCUCCUUUGGCAAUACCUGGUUUCCUCUUUUUUUUAUGACAGACUUAUCCGUAAAGCACAGUGACUAUAGGUUUGGCUUGUUUCCUAAGCUUUGGAAUCCUGUUUUUAAUUCCUAAAUUAGGUUGGUUUUUUUUUUUUUUGUUUUUUUUUUUUUUUUCAUUUGGGUCGUUGCUAUAGGAAAUGACCACCAGGCCAGUAAAUACAGGAAAAAGUGUUUUCUGAGUUUCUCGGAGCGAGUGUUAGUGUGUGCUUUUCCCCAAGAGAAAUCCAUAAACGAAACCUGUCGACCUCAGUCACACAGCGUCACACUGCCGCGGGAUGGGCAGGGAGGUUGAUUUCUGAGCUCUUAGCUGGUUAGGUAUGAAUGAAAUGUGAACACAGCCUUUGUAGCUAACGGGUUGGUUUUAUAACUGUAGAGUACAAGUUCUCAGAUGAGAAAAGCCACUAAAAGGCCAAUGAAGGAGGCUGGUGAACUAAGAUGUCCCGAGGCUGGGGCUCUGCCCUGCCAUCUGCAAGUGACGGAUUCCUGAGGAAUGCCGCUGAUCAUGUUGAAGGAAUCCUGAGCAGACCUGGGACGGAUGUUCAUCCUCCUGAUGACUUGCUCGUAACCUCGGUCCGCGCAUCAGAACUGUGAAUGUACAUAGUGGGCAGGGGAAGGGGCAGUGCCCGCCCUGCCUGCGGGCUCCUUUGGGGAGCGGGCUUCGGGUUUUCAGUGGAAUAAACACAACACAACAUAAAGUU